CCAUUUUAUUAUCGAAAAAAUAAAAAUAUUUUAACAACCCUAAAAUAAAUAAAUGUUUAAAGAAUUCACAAAUUUAAUAAAAUCAUAAUCAGAUCAUCGUGAAUAUAAAUUAAUAAAGUUAAAAGAAAACGAAAUAGAGAUAUUAUUAAUAUCAGACCCCAAAACAGACACAAGUUCAGCUGCUGUAAAUGUAAAUGUGGGUUAAUUAAAUGAUCCUCCAGACCGUUAAGGAUUAGCUCAUUUUCUUGAACAUAUGUUAUUUUUAGGAACUUCAAAAUAUCCCUUAGCAAGUGAAUUCGACCAAUAUUUAAGUUAAAAUUCUGGAUAUUCGAAUGCCUAUACAUCAUUAGAAGAAACAAAUUAUUAUUUUAACUGCCUAAAUGAGGCAUUUGAAGAAGGAUUGGAUCGUUUUGUUUAGUUUUUUAUAGACCCAUUAUUUAAUGAAGAAUACGUGGAAAAAGAACUAAAAGCAGUGCAUUCUGAACAUAUAAAAAACAUUUAAUAAGAUUCUUGGAGAGAAGAUUAUUUUUUAAGGUAUACUAGUAUUUAAGGGUCUUUUUUUAAUAAAUUUGGUUCAGGAAAUAUGAAUAGUUUAAAUUUUCCUUCUAUUAGGGAUGAUCUUAUUUCCUUUUAUAAUUAAUUUUAUUCCUCAAAUCUUAUGAAAGCUGUAAUUUUAUCAAAUAAAACAAUACAAUAAUUAUAAAAUACAGCUUGUUUUUUAUUCUCUUAAAUACCCAAUAAGUCUUAAAAUCCUCCUUAAUUUACUUAGUAACCAUUUGAUGAUACUAAUCUUAGUAAAAUUUAUAAAAUAGUGCCUUGUAAACAGGAAAAUAGGGUAAAAUUUGUCUGGGUUUUGAAGGAGAAUUACGAGAAAAAAUACAAGAAAAACCCUUUAUGCUAUUUAAGUUAUUUGAUAGGACAUGAGGGAAAAAAUUCACUUUUAAGUGGAUUAAUAGAGGAGGGAUUAGCCGAAUCUUUAUAUUGUGGCUUUAAACAUAUUUCUAUAUUUUCAACUUUUUAUAUAGAUAUUGUUUUAAGCGAAUAAGGUUUUCUUGAUAUAAAUAAAGUUUUUACUCUUGUUUUUGCAUACAUUGCCAUGCUUAAAAAUAAAGGACCUUAAUAAUGGGUCUAUGAGGAAAAUCAGCUUAUAAAGAUUAUUAAAUUUCAAUAUAAAGAAAUAGAAGAGCCUAUAGAUUAUACAUAUAUUUUAGCUUCUAAAAUGUAAACUUGCGACCUCUAAGAUAUUUUGAGAUAUGAUGCUCUGCUAGAGAGUUUCCAUAAAGAAGAUAUGGAAGCUACUUUGAAUGAUUUUUAAUUAAAAAACCUUAGAAUUAAUAUAACUUCGCCACUUUUAGUUAAUUAAUGUGAACUUUUGGAACCUAUUUAUUAAAUAAAAUAUAAAGUAGAAGAUAUAGAAGAUGAGUUAAUAAAAAUAUAUUAAAAUCCUUAAGAAAAAUACAUUAAAAAAUUUGAUUUACCGCCCUAAAAUACUUUUAUUCCUAAAGUUUUCCAUCUAUUAAAUUUAGAAGUAGAAAAUCCCGAAAAAAGCGACAUAAAAUAUAUUGCAAAAGGUACAAAUUACGAAUUUUGGUACAAAAAAGAUAAUUAUUUUAAAAUUCCGAAAAUUUCUUUACUUAUAAAAUUUUUUCAUGAAUCUUUUUUUACUUUAAAAAAUUAAAUAUUAUGUGAAGUUUAUAUAUCCAUAAUACUUGAAAAAAAUAGAGAAUUAAUUUAUUAAGGCGAAAUGGCUUGUAUUGAGACUAUUUUAGAGUUCAAAAAUGAAAUUAAUUUCAUUUUUGAAAGUUUUUCCGAUAAUUUUUAUAUAUUUUUGGAAUAGUUUUUGACUUAAAUUGUCAAUUUUGACGUACUUAAAGAUAUAUAAAAAAGCAUUUUUAAUAUUCAAGUUAAUAAAAUUUAAAAAAAAUACAAAAAUUUCUUUUUUAAAAGUCCUUAUGAAUAAGGUAGAAAUUACUCAGAAUAUAUUAUGAAUAGAUUUUCCUUUUCUCCUGAAGAUCUUUUAGAGUAAAGUAUGAAAGUUAGUUUAGAAGAUGUAGCCUUUUUCGGAAAUUUAAUAAAGGAAAAUUUAUAAAUAUAAUGUUUUUUAGGAGGAAAUUUAAAUAGGGAAAUUAGCUUACAAAUAAGUGAAAUGAUAAAAGAUAAAUUUUUUUCAAAAAAAUAAAUAAAUGAAAACUAAGAAAAUGUAAUUAUUUAAAAAAAAAAAAUUAAUUUAAUUUUUUUUUUUUAGAUAAAUAUGAAAAAUUGCAUUUUAAGUUUUCCUUCUAAAAAAAGAGUAAUAUUAUAAAAAAAGCUCUAAAAAAAUGAAGAAAAUAGUUAUAUAUGUUCUAUCUAUUAAAUAGAAGGCAAAAAUACAAUUAAAUAAAAAGUUUUAUUCGAAUUAUUAGCAAAAUUUUUAGAUGAGCCUUUUUAUAAACACUUAAGGACUUAAGAAUAAUUAGGAUAUAUAGUUUGGUGUAGCAAUUAUGAAAUAAAAAAUUAAUAAUAUUUUAAAUUCGUUAUUUAAUCGAAUGUUGAAUGUCCGGAAUAUUUAUCUUCAAGAAUUUAAAAUUUUAUCAAUUAAUAAAGACAAAAAAUCAAGGAUAUUUCAUAAAACGAAUUUUUAGUUCUUAAAAAGUCAGUUGAAUGUAUGCUAAAAUAAAAAGAAUUUAGUAUUUAUUAAGAAUCUAAAAAAUACUUUUAUGAAAUUAAUAACAAUACAUAUCUUUUUGAUUUAAAUUAAUAAAUGAUUGCGUUUUUAUAAAAUAUUUAAAUCUAUGAACUUAUUGAAUUUUUCGAAUGUAUUUUUUAUGAUAACCCUAAAAAUGCUUAAAUUUAAUUAAUUUCUUAAAAUUAAUUAUGUAAUAAUCAACAUUUAUUGAAAUUUACUUCUACUUUUAUAAAAACUGAAUGCUUUGAUAAUGCUGAAGAGUUCAAAAAAUAAUGUAAGAAUCUUAAAAAUUUUUCGGUAGAUAAUUGAAUAAAUUUAAUUCAUUAUUUAAUAAAUUGAAAAAAA